AUGGAGGAUGAAGAUGGUGAAAUAUAUCCAUUGUGUCAAGAUCGUAUCAAGACCUGCCAUUCGAAGCUCGUGGUGGUUCCAGGAUCUACCAAUGAAUCAUCACGUGUUUCGUUUAAUGUGUCGAGUGAUUGUUCUAGUUUCCUGGAAGAAAAGGAGGAGGACGAGGAGGAGAAGAAGAAGGAGAAGGAGAAGGAGAAGAAGAGACAAGAGAUGAUGAAUUGGAUAAUGAUGACGAAUGCGACCAUCAGGACGAAUUGUGCCGUGACAGACGCACUCCAUGCAGAAAUUGUAGAGUAUACGACGUUUAUCAAAAGGACAGUGGAGAAAAUGGCAAUCCAUAUUGAAGAAAUGAUUGCAAAUGUACGUGCAAGUGUAUUGUCCAUGUGGCCACAAUCCCAAGUAGAAACUUUUGGGUCGUAUUCGACGGGGAUUUGGCUCCCAAGUAGUGACGUGGACCUUGUGAUUCUUAAUGUCAUGGAAGUUAAUGAUUCAAAAUUGACUGCAACAUAUUUGAAAGAAUUGGCCAAGGUAUUGGAAAAGCAACAGUGGGUAGAAUCACUGCUUGUGCUUGACACGGCCAAGGUGCCAGUGCUGAAACUUGUUAGUACUGGGACCUCGGUGCCAAUGGAUAUUACGUUCGAGUCGACUGCAACACACAGUGGACUACUUGCGCGCGACCUCAUCAAGCGCUGUGCAGACACAAUGCCGGAAUUAUAUCCACUGGCAAUUUUGUUCAAGCAGCUCUUGCGCGAACGUGACUUAAACGACGCGUACACAGGAGGACUGAGUUCAUACUCGGUGGUACUUAUGCUUAUUCACUUUUCGCAGCUCUGGCGAAACGGUGACUUAUGCUUUGAAGCAGCUUCUAUCUAUGCAUCUGGAUCACUGCCCCCCGUACCAUCUAUGCUUGCAUCCAAGAAAGAGGCUUUGAAAGCAGGACGGAUACAGGCAGAUUCGACUUUGAUGAACGGUAGUAAAGCUGGCAGCGAAUGUAAUGCUAUUGAAGCGUCGACUAGUUCAGCUCAGCGUUCGGUAGCAACUACUGCAGGUGUUAAAGGCUCGCCAAAGAAAUCUGCUUCUCUGCCGUUGCACACUUCGGCUGCAACAACUUAUGCAGCUGUUGUGGCUUGUGCGAAGCAGCAGUCUUUGGAUGACUCGUCUCGAGAUAUAUCUUGUGCACCACGACUCAGUUAUGCUGCAGUGGCAGCUGGAAUUGCUAAAGUUUCCGAGGAUAAAAAGCCUACUGGGGCACCAUCUAGCUACGCAGCUGCAGUGUCCACGCCUGCAGUGUUGUCCUCAUCCGCAAAAGGAAAAAGUGUUAUGACAGUAAAGAAGCAGGCACAAGAUGCACAUCUAUUAGAUGCGGUUAGUGUAUCCAGCAGCAAUGCAGACACAGAAGACUCUAUCUCGUCGUGCAGUCAUUCUUCUUCAACGGACAGUGACGACGAAUCGGCAAAGAUGUUGUUCCGCCAGCCUCCUGCGUCACUUGGCGAGCAUACAAUGAUGAUUCUCGAGUUCUUUGGCAUUAUUUUCGACUAUCGCAAAAACGGGAUGUCUGUACGCGACGGAGGGUACAUUUACAGGCUUGCCGAUAGUCACCGCUUGCAAGUUGGGAAGCCAGCGUUGGUAAUCGAGGAUCCGAUCCACCCUGACCGCAACGUAAGUGCCAGCAGUUUUGCCUUUUCCAAGGUCGUGGCAUUGUUUGAGGACUCGUACUAUGCCCUAAAGUAUUUCCGCGCGUCGAGGUUUACCCCGUCUGCGCUGAGCUGUUUGCUUAGCACUUCUGGCCACACAAGUAACAUGAACCAUAGUGAGAGCAAAGUGCAGACUGUUCGAUCAUAG